AUGUUCCCAUAUCCCUCCGGCACGCUGCAUCUUGGCCACCUUCGAGUCUACACCAUCGCCGAUGUCCUCGCCAGAUACCGAACGCUUCAGGGCUACAAUGCUAUCCUGCCGAUGGGAUGGGACGCAUUCGGGUUGCCUGCUGAGAAUGCGGCUUUGGAGCGAGGCGUCAACCCGGCGACCUGGACCAAGCAGAAUAUCGAGAAGAUGAAGAAGCAGCUCGAGGUCAUGAACGGGAACUGGGACUGGUCACGCGAGCUCGCAACCUGCGAUCCCAGCUUCUACAAGCACACCCAAAAGAUCUUCUUGAUGUUACACGAGAAAGGGUUGGCAUAUCAAGACGAGGCCGAGGUCAACUACGAUCCGGUCGACAAAACAGUGCUAGCGAAUGAACAAGUAGAUGCCAACGGCUGCUCCUGGAGAUCUGGCGCCAAGGUUGAGAAGCGCCGGCUGAAGCAAUGGUUUCUUCGCAUCUCUGAGUUCCGCGAGAGCCUUCUACGAGAUCUGGACGUACUGGCAAAGAAUGACGCCUGGCCUGAAAGAGUUCUGGCUAUGCAGAAGAAUUGGCUUGGAAAGUCGACUGGCGCCAUGAUCAAAUUUCCGGUAUUUGCUUUCAACCAGGAUAUUCACGCUGGGAUCGAGGUCUUCACGACUCGCCCAGAUACUCUGUUCGGCGUGCAAUAUCUGGCGCUAGCUGCGUCUCAUCCAAUUGUUGCUGAUUUGGCAAAGAGUGAUCCUGAGUUGCAAGCUUUCCUUGACACAUUACCGGGUUUGCCUCCGGACUCGAAGGUUGGAUACUUAUUACCCCAUAUCCGUGCCAUCAACCCCUUGGCGUAUCAUGAAGAUACACCAGAAGCUACAAAGGAGUCAAUUCCAGUAUAUGUCGCACCUUAUGUUCUCGGCGACUAUGGAGAAGGCGCUGUCAUGGGAGUGCCAGGCCAUGAUUCCCGUGACCACGCUUUCUGGAAGGAACAUCAUUACGACAAACCAAUCCGUGUGGUUCUCUCAGCUUCCGAAGACGAGUCUACCACUGCCAUGCUCAACGAACCUUUCGUCGAGCAUGGAGUCAUGACAGCACACAGCGGGCCAUUCAAAGGCCUGUCAUCCAAGAAAGCGGGAGAGAUGAUGCUCACAAUGCUAGAGGCUGCUGAGCUGGCAAAGCCUGUGGAGAAAUGGCGUUUGAGAGACUGGUUGAUCAGUCGUCAGCGCUACUGGGGAACGCCGAUUCCCAUCAUUCACUGCAAUUCGUGUGGCCCGGUGCCAGUCCCUGAUGAUCAAUUGCCAGUGGAGCUUCCUGAAGUCGAUGCGCACUGGGCAAAGGGGAAGACUGGGAAUCCGCUGGAGAGUGCAGAAGAAUGGCUGCCGUUCGCAGCCGACAAUGCCAAGACUCUCUUGCCAGUCGACCAAUAUAUUGGUGGAAUUGAGCAUGCGAUCUUACAUCUUCUUUAUGCUCGAUUCAUCUAUAAGUUUCUCAUGAACUCGUCUCUCGUCACUGAAAACGGAGGGCCACCAGAAGCUGUCCAUGAACCAUUUACGCGUCUCAUUUCCCAAGGGAUGGUACACGGGAAAACAUACACAAACCCAGAAAAUGGCCGGUUCCUGCAGCCAGACGAAGUCGAUCUCACUGAUCCAUCUCAACCGAAGGUCACCGCAACUGGCAAGCCUGCUACAGUCAGCUUUGAAAAGAUGUCCAAGUCGAAGCGUAACGGCGUUGACCCUACGGAGUUCAUCUCGAGGCAUGGUGCAGAUGCCACCAGAGCGCACAUGCUCUUCCAAGCGCCAGUGAGCGAUGUAGUGAACUGGGACGAGGAGAAGAUCGCUGGUAUAACUAGAUGGCUUGGCCGACUGUACGACGUUACCCUUCGGGCCGGCAGUUGGUGGAGGGAUGAUGAUGGGAAACCCAUUAAGACAUGGUUUGAAGAGAGAGCUAAACAGCUUGACUCUAUGGAUGAUACCCAGCUUGCCCAGUGGGAUAGCGACUCUUCGGUUUGGCGACAUGUGCAAAACACCAUCACCUCUGUCACUUCGUCGUACAAUGAAGUGUAUUCGCUGAAUACGAUUGUGUCUGACUUGAUGAUAUUAACGAAUACCAUUGCGGACACCGAUGCCGCUGAUGCAUUGAUCCGCAGAGAAGCACUCUCAGCACUCAUCCGAAUGCUUGCACCCAUUGCUCCUGCAUUUGCAGAAGAAUGCUGGAGCAUCCUCCAUCAGACCUCGCACUCGCUAUUCAGCUCAGCUUCGUUCCCUGUAGUGGACGAGUCGCUUUCUCUCCUUGAGCCUAGACUACAGACUUGCGCCGUUCAAGUAAACGGAAAGCUUCGAGUGGCUGUGGACAUACCUAAGCCGCCGGCGAGUCUGCAGGGCGAUGAGCUCAGAGACUGGAUAGUAGGCCAGAUUAUUAAGACGGAAGAAGGCAAGGCGAAGCUUGUCAACGGAUCGCUUGACAUUAGCUCUGCCAAAAAGGUGGUUGUAGUGAGAGGCGGCAAGACCGUAAACUUUGUACUAUAG